AUGGUAGGUGAUAUGGGUUUUCGCAACUUGGCUCAUUUUAAUGACGCCCUUUUGGCGAAACAAGCGUGGCGGCUCUUGCACAAUAAGGAAACCCUCUUCUACAAAGUUUUCAAGGCAAAGUUCUUCCCUCAUCACUCUCUUUUCAAAGCUAAGGAAACAAGUUUCAGGUCCUACGCUUGGAAAAGUAUACUACAUGGCCGGGAUGUUAUCCUAGAUGGUGCUUGCUGGAGGGUGGGGAAUGGAAAGUCCAUAAAAAUUUGGCAAUACCAUUGGCUGCCCCGAAAACAUCCAACCAAGAUACUCUCUCCAAUGGUGGAAACAAUGGAAGAAGCCACAGUGGAUUGCUUAAUUAAUGAGGAAACUAGAACAUGGAACACUGCGAUGAUAGAUGGAAUUUUUGCACCACAAGAAGCUGAAGAAAUAAAGAAAAUCACGUUGGCUAAAAAAGACACGGAGGACUCUAUGUAUUGGCCGUGGGAGCAUGAUGGGAGGUAUAGUUGUAAAACCGGCUACCGGUUCUUGAAAGAAGAUGAAGUUGGUUUUCAGGUGGAUGUGAAUCAAGACCAUGAGAUAGGGCUCUGGAAGAAGAUUUGGGCUCUUGAAUGCCCAAAUAAAAUAAAAAAUCUAAUUUGGAGGCCUAGUCGUAACUCUCUCCCGUCGAAGUGUAAUCUAUUCCGGCGAACAAUUAUUACAGAGCAGUGCUAUGAUCGAUGCAAGGAAGAAACUGAAGACGCUUUGCAUGCGAUGCGGAGUUGCAAAAUGCUGGACAGAGUUUGGGAAGCGAAUAGCAUGUGGAGUUUUCAGAGCCAACGGAGCUUUUUAAGCUUCAGCAAGCUCCUGGCCUUGGUUUUUUAUCAUCAAAGGAAUCCGGUACUGUUUGCAUUCAAUAUUUGGACCAUAUGGCACCAAAGAAACCAGGUACAAACUCAACAAAACCAUCGUCCCCUUAACCAAAUCUCACAGUGGGCUCACGACAGCUUUGUUGAGUUCCAAGCGCUGAAAAUCACACCACUCCCCAGUAGACCGGUGAGAAGGGCACGGUGGAAACCUCCUGACAAGGAAACGUUUAAAAUCAAUUUUGAUGGUGCCAUCUUUGCCGAGGACAAAUGUUCUGGACUGGGAGUAAUCAUUCGUGACAGGAAGGGACUUGUUAUGGCUUCCAUGGCUGCCCGGAUUUCACAACAGCUCCAGCCAGUAGAAAUCGAAGCUUUGGCUGCCAACAAAGCCCUUGAGUUUGCUAGAGAGAUGGAUAUUAAAGAUGCUGUUCUAGAGGGAGACUCUCUACUGGUGAUGAAGGCGCUGAAUUUCAAGAACACUGAACUAGCCCCGUUUGGUUUACUGCUACAGGAUUCCUUAGAUAUAUCUUCUGGGUUCUCAAAAAUUGUCCUACUCUCACACUAA